AAUGGCUUCAAGACAACCAGAAGUGCCUGCUCUUGCGCCCAGUGGGCCUCUAGGCAAGAUGUCCCUGCCCAUUGGGAUGUGCAGCUUGGCAUUCAGCUAUGAUGAUGCCCUAGAGGACCCUGCGCCCAUGACUCCUCCUCUAUCGGACAUGGGAAGCAUCCCCUGGCAGCCAGUGAUUCCAGAGUGCAAGUAUCAGCAUCUUGACAAGACAGAGGAAGGAGUGGCCAGUGUCUCUUCCCUUGCUGUGAUUCCAUCAACAGCCACUGACAAUUCAGACAAGGCUCCUGGGAUGAAGGAUAAAGCUACCCAUGUCAUCAUGAAUUCCCUGAUCACAAAACAGACUCAGGAGAGCAUCCAGCGUUUUGAGCAACAAGCAGGACUGAGAGAUGGACCCCACAAGGGCCUCACCACUGAGGAGACCAAGUACCUCCUAUUGGCAGAAGCACUCCAUAAACUAAAGCUGCAGAGUGGAGAGACAACAAAAGAAGAGAAGCAUCCUGCAUCAGCCCAGUCCACCCUGAACAGCACCCCUUACUCCUCCCCCAAGCAGAAGUCCAGAGCCUGGUUCCCCUCUGGCUCCUCCACAGCCUUACUUGGCCUGAAUCCUCACACCAUGGAUCCUGGGAGUGGGAAUGACAAGAACUCAGCAGAAAAGUGGAGUCUCUUUGGACCGAGGCCACUACAGAGGUCUGACUCUGGUUUUGCCAUCCAGGCUUACAAAGGUGCCCCGAAACUCUCUCCUAUGGAGCUAACGCAUGCCCAAGCCACACGAGUAGGUGAAGAUCCAGCAACCUUCAAGCCGCCUAAGAUGGAUAUCCCAGUGGUAGAAGUGAAGAAACCACCACCUCGAACCCAUAAUCUCAAUCCCCGUGACCUGAAUGUGCUCACACCCACUGGCAUCUAAAAUGCUUUCUGUCCAGAGUCUGCAACUUUCCCUGGGCUCUGACACAGGAGUGACGUAGUUAACUGGAGGCUGGAGUGACAUUGUGCACAUUGUCCUUGUGUGAGAGAAACCAUUUUGCACUGCUUUCAGGUUGAUGGAAAAUGUCAGUGGUGCUGAGUGGGGACCUCACUUUUUUUUUUAAUCAUUUAUCCUAGAGGAGGAUUUGACCCUUGCUUUCUUAGGUAAAUAAUGCUGGUGUGCUUCCAAAACUAUCAACUUGAGCAGUUACAAAUCAAGAUAGAAGUGCCCACCAACUCAUUUGGACAGCCAUGGCUUCCUGAGAUGCUUUAGCCUUGUGAGUGGGCCUGGACUUGUCUGAGAGCUGGGUACAGCUCAUGACCACA